AUGGCGCGUGUGAGACACCAUGUCAACUUGGAGGGUCUGCGUAAAUCCGCAGAAGACGGCUGCGAGCUGUGCGUCUUGAUUCAUUCACAGGCAGAGGCUCUGCUGGCCGAGCUGGAAUCCCCGAAAGGCAAGCGGUUGGAGUGCUCACCACCGGAUUUCGACACUUGGGUGUCCCAGCGGCCUGAUGGCGGCCAAGGCUUCUGGGUUUGGUCGGCACCCAUGUCCAACACCUCGGGCGGAGAGAUCCUCCCAGUUGCAGCGUUUGCCUUUAUUGUGACCGAAGAUCACCCUCUUUCUGCCAGUAUUCGCGGCCGCCCAGUUGUACCGAACAUCGAUACACACCAGCUGGACCUGUUGCUCCAGUGGGACGCCGAGUGCGAGCAGCAUCACCAGUGGUGCCAGAACAACGGACCCAUGCCCCGCCGCCUGAUAGACGUACAGAGCUCCCACUCUGGCAGACACGUGAAAAUCGUCGACCUUGACGCUGAAGCCCGUCAUCGCUAUUUAGCCCUGAGUUACGCCACUAACGCCGCCCUCGUGGAUCGCUGGGAGAACAAGAUCCUGGCUGCGGACGAGCAUGUAGACGUCAGAGCUCUGCCAAAACUGUUUCAAGAUGCCAUAUUCGUCACCCGUGCCUUGCGAAUUCAAUAUCUCUGGAUCGACUCACUGUGCUUUCCCCGCACUGCCGCAGAAUUGACUCGGGAUUCUGAGCAGUUUGGCUCCGUUUACGAAAACGCACACCUCACGCUAUCUGCCACGGGAUCUGAAGCCACGGCAGACGGUCUCUUGCUCCCCCGACCGGCGAGAAGUCUUGCUCAAGUUCCAUAUGCUGCGCCCGGCAAUUCUGCCGAGCAGGUGUCCGUCUGUACGCUACCACUCGCCAGAGACGCCAUCCGAGAAUACUAUAUAGACAUGGCAAGACAGCCAAUAACUUCUGGAGUGUGGUCCUUUCAAGACCGUGUGCUGUCGCGAAAGACAGUGCACUUUGCUUCUGACCAGAUGUACUUUGAAUUCGAUGCGUUGCCUGACGGAACAGAGUACUACCGGAAACGAGCAGAAGAAGACACACCGUCGUCACGGUGGUUUGCUAUUCUGUGGGACUACGGGAAGCGCCAGUCUGGCAGCGGCUCCGGCAAGCUCGCGGCUCUUGCGAAUGUUGCGGCGGCGUAUCAGCGGAUGAACAAGGAUGAAUACAUAGCAGGACAUUGGAAGCAGUCUCUCUUGGAGUCGCUGUGCUGGCAGUCCCUAUCGUGCAGGCCAUCGGGCGAGAGAGGGGUACCCUCGUGGUCUUGGGCGUCGGUCGAUGGGAUCCCUGCCAUGGGCUUCACGUCGAGCGUCGCCCACAGCUUUCCGGCUACCAUACUCGACACACGGGUGACGUUGGUGGACGACGCCAAACCCCUCGGCGACGUGCUGGCGGCGGAGAUUUCGCUCGAGGCUCCGCUGGUGCGGUUGAAGCUGAUCGAGACAACUGGUGUUGGCGUGGACGAUCACAUGUUCCUGCGCGCGGCCGACGACGAGGAUGAUGAGCGCGGCAUGUAUGCCGGCUUUGACAGUAUUGAUCGGCGAUUUUCACAGUCUGCCCACGUGGUGCGCAACAUGCCGCUCUUUGCCGUGCCUGUGGCCUGCACGCGGCGGGAAAACUGUGAAGCUGGGUCCUGCCACGUCGGGAUGACGCUGCGCAUCCUCCUUGUUACGCCUGUGGAUGAUGUAGGAAACAGGAUGAAGCGUGUCGGGUAUACAGUCUCAGCUUCGGAAAGGCUAGAGUACGAGAAGUCAGACUUGCGCAGACCCUUUGUCUUAGUGUAG